AAAAGAAAGACAGAGGGAAAACCACAUUUCAAGAGAAAAAGACAAAAUAAAGCACAGAUGCAGGAGGAUGCACUGAGUUAAAAACAAUUUGCUCAGGGUUCAGGUGUGAUCCAGAGUGUGGACACCUGGUGAUGUGAUGAGGUGGGACAGGAGGCUGCGACACUGCAGAUUAUUAAGAGAGAAAAAACCUCAUUAUGUGGGAUAGAAAACAGUAGUGUUAAUUUCAUGGACUGCUUGAACAGGUGACAGAAGGGGAGCUGUCCAAUAUGCAAGUGAGAGUGAGGACCCCCGCCCUCCACCACCACCACCACCCUGCACCUCCAACACAGUGAGAAUGAAAUAAAUAAACAAUGAAUGGUCCACUCUCCUCGCGCGCCUCAUCCCAUCUCAUGCAUGGCUGCCAGUAAUGGUCUACUGGGUGUCAGCUUUUAUUGGCACGGCACAAAGCAAGUGCCAAGGGCUCGGUGGCUCGACUCCCCACUGCCGCAGACUCGGCCCGUGGAUAAAAGCGAGCAAAAUGCCUCAGCCGAGCUCAGAGACAUAGUCAUGUUGGGCUGGAACGAGGAAGUGCAGUGGAGAGGGGAGGGACUCAGGGCGCAGCUCCAUGGGGCCGCCGCGGCGCUGCGACCUUCUGCACAUGGAGCCGGGGAGAGUUGGAAGAACUUCAUACUGCAAACUCAAGGAAUAGCAGAGUACCUGCACCGCAUGGAGACAGAGGAGGCCCAGGAAAUGGCCCAGAUGCCAGGCAGGGACAGCCCACCCGCCAACGAAGCGUCCGAGGAGGCCGAGGAGCCCAUGGCCGUCCCCGAGGACCUGUCAGCCAACUCCGCCCACCAGCAGAACAACAACAGAGGCGACAAAGCCUGUAACAUUAAAGUUGAGGCUCGCAGUGAUGAGGAGAAUGGGCUGGCCUGUGACAUGAAUGGCGUGGAGGAGGAGGAGUGUGCGGAAGACUUGCGCGUGAUCGAUGCCUCGGGGGCCAAGGUGAACGGCUCACAGCCGAGCCCCGAAGCCAAGGCCUUCUCCUCGGCCGGCGGUAUCCGGCUGCCCAACGGGAAGCUCAAGUGCGAUAUCUGUGGGAUAGUUUGCAUUGGCCCCAAUGUGUUGAUGGUGCACAAGCGAAGCCACACUGGUGAACGUCCCUUCCAGUGCAGCCAGUGCGGCGCCUCCUUCACCCAGAAGGGCAACCUGCUGCGCCACAUCAAGCUCCACUCGGGGGAGAAACCCUUCAAGUGUCACCUGUGCAGCUACGCCUGCCGCAGGAGGGACGCCCUCACCGGCCAUUUACGCACCCACUCGGUUGGAAAACCCCACAAGUGUGCUUACUGUGGAAGGAGCUACAAGCAGCGCAGCUCCCUGGAGGAGCACAAGGAGAGGUGUCACAACUACCUGCAGUGCAUGGGGCUGCAGAACAGCAUCUACACAGUAAAGGAAGAAAGCAACCAGAAUGAGCAGAGGGAAGACUUAAGCCAGACGGGAUCUGACAGAGCCUUGGUGCUAGACAGACUAGCUAAUAAUGUAGCUAAACGUAAGAGCACUAUGCCACAGAAGUUUGUGGGCGACAAACGUCUGUCAGACCUCUCCUACGACGGAGGAGCAGGCGAGCUGAUUCAGCCCCACGUCAUCGACCAGGCCAUCAACAGCGCCAUCAGCUACCUGGGUGCCGAGUCUCUCCGGCCCCUGGUCCAGACCUCCCCGGCCUCCUCCUCCGACGUGGCCCUCGGCUCCAUGUACCCCCUCCACAAGCAGGCGCAGGAGGGCCACGCGGGGUCGGGCCACGGCCUGUCCGCCAAAGACAGCGCGGCGGAGAACCUGCUGCUGCUCUCCAACUCCAAGUCCGCCUCCAGCGAGAAGGACGGCUCGCCCAGCCACAGCGGCCAGGACUCCACCGACACCGAGAGCAACAACGAGGAGCGUCCGGGCGGGGCGGCGCCGGGCCUCAUCUACCUGACCAACCACAUCACCUCCGGGGUGAGGAACGGCGUGCUCCCCCUGGUGAAGGAGGAGCAGCAGAGGCAGUACGAGGCCAUCCGGGCCAGCAUGGAGAUGGCCUCUGAGGGCUUCAAGGUGGUGGCGGCGGACGGGGAGCAGGUGAGGGCGUACCGGUGCGAACACUGCCGCGUCCUCUUCCUGGACCACGUCAUGUACACCAUUCACAUGGGCUGCCACGGCUUCAGAGACCCCUUCGAGUGCAACCUCUGUGGUCACCGGAGUCAAGACCGAUACGAGUUCUCCUCUCACAUAACACGAGGGGAGCAUCGCUUCUGAACCCCCACACACACAGAACACACACUUUCACACAGACAAAGAGGUGUAUAUACGGAAAAUAAGGCCACACACACACUCCCCUCAUAGACACACACCUGAAACUAAACAGAAAAACAAAAUGUAAAAUACACUGUUAACGUCUGAAAGUUGUGUUUUUAUACUAAAGUAUGCAUGUUUGUUGACCACAGAUAAAUGUAUACAGUUAUUAAAAAUCCAUUUAUUUUCAUUUCAAAUACUGAAAAAAGAAAACCUAAUUAUUUCAUGUCACAUCGUCCGGUGAAGACGACACAGCUAAGCUGUGCCACUUCAUACAUACGUUUAAAAAUCAUUUAUUUACAGUUGCCACGUGUAUAAAAUGUAUAAACUUUUCUUUUAGAAAAACCAGGCAGCAACUUUUUUUUAUUCUAGUUUUAAAAUAGAAAAGAUUUCCGACCUUUAAUUUCCACAUCUUUGUAGUGACGUGUCUGAAAUGUCAGUAGAGGAUUAAAUGCAAUCAGUAAAAACUUAACAAUCAAUGUAAAUAACCUCACAUUUCCCUGCAAAAGUCUCAACCUGUUCUUUUAUUUGUAACAACCUACAUAUUAUUUAUAUCACAUUUACACUCCUGUUUAUGUAUUUAUUAUAUUGAUUGUCGUUCGUCUGUAGGGUUGUUUAAAAGAAUAAAGUUGCAUCUUUUUUUUGUUCAACUGUACUUAAUGUAUUUGAGGUGAAAACAUGACUGCUGCUGGAAGCUUCUUUUUUUUUUAAAUAAAUGUUAUCCUAGCCUUUUUUGUUUUUAUACCUGAUGGCUAUGAAUUGUUUGACAAAAUGAAAGUCAGCCAUUUGAAGGAGCUUUAUGCUUGCAAAAAUAUCAAUAAAGGAUAUUUUAUAUAUGCACAAA